AUGAAUAAGUUUGCCCCAAUGUAUUUUGACCAUCUUGACGACUCGGAUUCAAGUGUAGGAAUGAGACAUACUCGAAAACGUGUCAUGAUCAUUUCAUCAAGUGAUGAAAGCGAAGUUAAUCAGUGUGGCAGUUUUAUAAAUGAAGAUUAUAUGUAGAAAGCCGAAAAUUAUAGGCCAAUUAUACAUGAUUUUUCAAGUGUGGAUGGUGCAACUGUAAAUACGCAAAAUCUGUCGAGAAGGGAAGUUUUUGAAUUAUUUUUUAACAAAGAAUUAGUUACAAAAAUAAUUACAAAGACAAAUAAAUAUGGCGCAACCGACGCAGAUUUUAUACCUCUUAUAGACGAUGAAUUAAAAGUAUUUGUUGUUUUAAACAUUUUAAUGAGUUUAGUUUCUAAGCCCACUAUUCAGAAUUACUGGAUCACAGAUAAAAGCAUAGAAACACCAUAUUUUAAGACUAUUAUGUGCCGUAACCGAUUUUUCUCUAUUGCUAAAAAUUUACAUUUUUCUAGUAAUAAUAAUUCUAAUGACGCACUCAUAAAAAUUCGAGAAGUUUCUGAAAUAGUAAAAAAGACUUUUAUUCGCAUGUAUGUACCGAAUAAAAACAUUUUGAUUGAUGAUUCAUUAAUGCAAUGUAGAAGCCGUUUAGAUCAUAUACAAUUUAUUAGAACAAAACGAGCGAGAUUUGAUAUUAAGUUUUACAAACUGUGUGAUUCGAAAUCGAAAUAUAUACACAAUUUUAAUAUGUAUGUAGUAAAAGAUAAAACUAAUACUGCUAGCAGAAAUGUUGUGAUAAAUUUGUUGAAAGAGAGUAGGUUAUUGCAUAAAGGAUAUUGUUUGUUUAUUGACAAUUGGUACAGUUCACCGAGCUUAUAUCGAAAAUUAUAUAAUAUGGAAACAAAUGUAUGUGGAACAGCGAGAAUGAAUAGGAAAGAAAUGCCGCGAGAACUAAAAUUACACCAAUUACAAAAGGGAGAAGCUGUUGUAUUUUCUACAAGGGAUAUGGCGGCGAUAAAAUGGAAGGAUAAAAAAGAUGUCGUUUUACUAACAACUAUGCAUGGCGUAGAUUUUGCCGAAACUGGGAAAAUAAACCGAUAUAGCAGACAAAAAACUUUAAAACCAACAGUAGUAAUAGAUUACAAUCAAUAUAUGGGUGAAGUUGAUGUUGAUGAAAUGUUAAAUAAAUUUCAUACUAUGCGAAGAUGUAGAAAGGCCUAUAAGAAAAUAUUUUUUUAUUUCAUAGAUAUGAUGUUAUUAAAUAGUUACGUACUUUUUAAAAACAAUUAG